CUAGUUUAUAGUAAGAGACAUCACAUCACAUGUUCGUUACUAACCAUAGUGUCAUAUAGGUGCUGCACAGUGUAGCCUGCAGGCAGAAUUGUUUUCAACCUUGGACAUCAACUUGAACUACUCCGGGACUACUUCAUUGCGCGGGUGUCCAUUAAUGCGGACAACCUGACAGUACUUGUUCUCUUCGCCCACUUGCAUUCUUCGGCUUCAUCCUCCCUGUGUUCCUGACAGUCAUUGCGUAACUUGAUUGUGGUAUCAUAGCAUGAUAUACGAUGUGGAACAGUGUCGAGCGGCUUUGAAGAGAUGUCCCCCUGGUCAUUCUGAUCGAUCAUACUCUCUCAACAGUCUCGCCAACAGCCUUCGAAACAGAUUCACGCAAUUGGGUGUCCUAUCUGACCUUGAUGAGUCCAUUGAGCUCCAUCGGGCUGCACUACUCCUUCGUCCCCCUAGUCAUUCUGAUCGAUCAGAGUCUCUCAACGAUCUUGCUGUCAGCCUUCGAGACAGAUUCACGCAGCAAGGCAUCCCGUCUGACCUCGAUGAGUCCAUCGAGCUCCAUCGGGCUGCACUACUCCUUCGUUCCCCUGGUCAUUCUGAUCGAUCAGAGUCUCUCAACAAUCUCGCCCUCAGCCUUGUAGACAGGUUCAAGCAGCGGGGCGUCCCGUCUGACCUUGAUGAGUCCAUCGAGCUCCAUCGGGCUGGACUGCUCCUUCGUCCCUCUGGUCAUUCUGAACGGUCACACUCUUUCAACAAUCUCGCCAACAGUCUUCUAGACAGGUUCAGGCAGCGGGGAGUCCCAUCUGACCUUGAUGAGUCCAUCGAGCUCCAUCGGGCUGCACUACUCCUUCGUCCUCCUGGUCAUUCUGAUCGAUCAUACUCUCUCAGCAGUCUUGCCAACAAUUUGCGACACAGAUUCAUGCAACGGAGCGUCCCAUCUGACCUUGAUGAAUCCAUCGAGCUCCAUCGGGCUGCACUACUCCUUCGUCCCCCUGGUCAUUCUGACCGAUCAUACUCUCUCAGCAGUCUUGCAAACAGCCUUCGACAUAGAUUCACGCAGCGGAGCGUCCCGUCCGACCUUGAUGAGUCCAUCGAACUCCAUCGGGCUGCACUACUCCUUCGUCCUCCUGGUCAUUCUGGUCAAUCAUACUCUCUCAGCAGUCUUGCCAAUGGCCUUCGACACAGAUUCACGCAACGGGGCAUCCCGUCUGACCUUGACGAGUCCAUCGAGCUUCAUCGAACUGCCCUACUCCUUCGUCCUGCCGGUCAUUCUGAUCGAUCAUACUCUCUCAGCAGUCUUGCCAACAGCCUCCGAUAUAGAUUUACGCAGCGGGGCAUCCCGUCCGACCUUGAUGAGUCCAUCGAACUCCAUCGGGCUGCACUACUCCUUCGUCCCCCUGGUCAUUCUGAUCGAUCAUACUCUCUCAACAAUCUCGCCCUUAACCUUGGAGAGAGAUUCACGCAGCGGGGCGUCCCAUCUGACCUUGAUGAGUCCAUCGAGUUCCAUCGGGCUGCACUACUCCUUCAUCCUCCUGGUCAUUCUGAUCGAUCAUACUCUCUCAGCAAUCUUGCCAGCAGCCUUCGACACAGAUUCACGCAGCGGGGCGUCCCGUGUGACCUUGAUGAGUCCAUCGAGCUCCAUCGGGCUGCACUACUCCUUCGUCCCCCUGGUCAUUCUGAUCGAUCAUACUCUCUCAACAAUCUCGCCCUCAGCCUUCGAGACAGAUUCACGCAGCGAGGCGUCCCAUCUGAUCUUGAUGAGUGCAUCGAACUCCAUCGGGUUGCACUACUCCUUCGUCCCCCAGGUCACUCCUUUCGAUCGUCGUCUCUCAGCAGUCUUGCCAACAGCUUUCGGGAGAGAUUUACUCAGCGGGGGAUCCCAUCUGACCUGGAUGAAACAUUUAACCUAUUCUCGCAACUCCCCCACAUAUCCCAUUUGCCCUCUCGUACAGAUCUUACCGCUGCUAAGUCAUGGGCCGCCGCUGCCGAGGAGACAAACCAUGAUUCUGCAUUGCUUGCAUAUCAAAUUGCAUUGAAAUUUCUAGAUCAGCAUGUCACCCUUUUGUCGUCUUCGUCGCGUCAUUUCGAUGCCGUGAGGACUGCCACGGCUUCGCUUGCUGUGGACGCUUUCUCUUGCAGCGUUCGUCAUGGCGCGCUAAUAACUGCUGUGGAACUGGUGGAGCAAGGUCGUGCAGUAUUCUGGACUCAGUUGGCACGCUUCCGCACAACCGUUGAUGAGCUUUCCACGGUUCGUAACACCGGUGCAGCCUUGGCGGAAGAGUUCAAGCAGCUGAGCUUUCGCCUCCGUAGUGCGUUCGAUCAGUCUACUGAAGACCAAUCUCCCCAAAUCCGCCAGCUGACUAUGAAAUGGGAUGACAUGGUUUCACGCAUCCGCAUGCUUCCCGACUUUUCUCGGUUUCUCCUGCCUCCCCUUUUCUCAGACUUACAGAAGGCAGCUGAAGAAGGUCCUGUCAUCAUCGUCAAUGCUAGUCAGUACAGUUGUGACGCCUUGAUUGUCCUAAGUGACCGAGAUCCUGUCCACGUUCCAAUUGGUAUCACGCAGACCGUAGUUUUUGAUUUAUCCUUCGAGUUUCAGUCCCUUUCAAAAGAAUUCGGUUCUUUUGAUACUCAACAUCAGCUUGUCAGCAUCCUUCGGAAACUUUGGCAUGACAUCGUUGGCCCCGUAGUACAAGCCCUUAGAGUGUCAAAUGUUCACCCUGGCUCGCGUAUCUGGUGGUGUCCCACCGCCGAGUUUACGCUGCUUCCUCUGCAUGCAGCAGGACUCUACGAGAAGAAGAGAGACAGUCUGUCUCACAUCUACAUCUCCUCGUACACCCCCACUUUGGCAACACUUGUUCGUGCGAGACGGCAGGUUUCUGGAGAUGCGUCACCGCAACAUUUUGUUGCCAUUGGUCAAGGAAACCCAGACGAAGGGAAGCCACUCGAGUGUGUCGGUCCCGAGCUAGCCGUUGUCGCCCAGCGUCUCACGCCCGUCGUGUCGUCCUUCACGUCACUCGAGGACAGCGACGCAACAGUCGAGGGUGCAUUUGAUGCAUUGAACCAUAAUCAGUGGCUCCACCUGGCCUGCCACGGAAUGCCGAAUCGACAACAACCAUUCGAAUCUUCCUUCGCAAUGCGUGAUGGGCCGUUGAUGGUCAAGGACAUCAUCCGAUCCAACUGGCAGGACCCGCAGUUUGCAUUCUUAUCGGCUUGCCACACGACCGUGGGCGAUGAAAAGAGUCCCGACGAGUCUAUCCAUCUCGCUGCUGCUAUGCAAUUCUCCGGAUUUCGCAGCGUGAUUGGUUCUAUGUGGUCUGUCGACGACGAGGUUGCGCAGGAGGUUGUGUCUGCUUUUUAUGGGGACCUGGUGAAUGGUUCUGGGAGAUUGGACUGCACGCGCACUGCGAUGGCGUUGCACAAGGCUGUGAAGAAAUUGCGCAAUAAGAUUCCGCUGGAACAGCAGAUCGUAUUUAUUCACAUAGGUGUCUAG